CAUUCAGUUUCAGUUGCCGCGCAGCUGCCGUAAAAGAAGGGAGAGUAGGAAACAGUUUUUCGCUCGCCAAAAACGACAGAAAAAACGCCACAAGAAAAAGAACAUUUCCAACAAAAAAAUCCAUUGGGGAAAGCAAUUUUUUUCUGUGUGUGUACGUGUGUUUAGUGUGUUUCCAAACUCAGUUUUGUGUUGAUCUCGAGCGCAAAAUCAUUUAGCCGAAAUUAACAUAAAUCAUGUCGUUCUAUCGCAUUUCUGCACGUAAAAUUGCCGAAGCACAGAAGGUGCCACUCGUGAACUAUGUGCGCCAAUUGUCUUCGGAUGGCGCCAGUCUGCGCGAUGUGCUCUCCGCCAAGAUUCCUCAGGAGCAGGAGCGCGUGAAGGCCUUCCGCAAGGAGUUCGGUGCCACAAAGAUGGGCGAAACCACCAUCGACAUGAUGUACGGUGGCAUGCGCGGCAUCAGGGCCCUGGUGACCGAGACCUCUGUGCUGGACGCCGACGAGGGUAUUCGCUUCCGUGGCCUCUCCAUUCCCGAGUGCCAGAAGGUGUUGCCCGCCGCCAACGGUGGCACCGAGCCACUGCCUGAGGGUCUUUUCUGGCUGCUGCUCACCGGUGAGGUGCCCACCAAGGCCCAGGUGCAACAGCUCUCCCAGGAGUGGGCCGAUCGUGCUGCCCUGCCCCAGCAUGUGGUCACCAUGCUGAACAACAUGCCAACCACAUUGCAUCCAAUGUCGCAGUUCGCUGCCGCCGUCACCGCUCUCAAUCAUGACAGCAAAUUCGCCAAAGCCUACUCAGAGGGUGUGCACAAGUCCAAGUACUGGGAAUACGUGUACGAGGACAGCAUGGAUUUGAUUGCCAAACUGCCAGUGGUUGCGGCCACCAUCUAUUGCAACACCUAUCGCGGCGGCAAGGGCUCCCGUUCGAUUGACUCGAACCUGGAUUGGUCCGCCAAUUUCGUGAAGAUGCUGGGCUACGACAGUCCCGAAUUCACCGAACUGAUGCGCCUCUAUCUGACCAUUCACAGUGAUCACGAGGGUGGCAAUGUCUCCGCUCACACCGUGCACUUGGUUGGAUCGGCUCUCAGUGAUCCUUACCUUUCGUUUGCCGCCGGCAUGAACGGUUUGGCUGGUCCAUUGCACGGUCUGGCCAACCAGGAGGUGCUCGUCUGGUUGCGCAAAUUGCAGCGCGAGGCUGGCAACAAUCCAUCGGAGGAGCAGCUGAAGGAAUACAUCUGGAAGACACUCAAGUCCGGACAGGUUGUGCCCGGUUAUGGACACGCUGUGCUGCGCAAGACCGAUCCUCGCUAUACCUGCCAACGUGAGUUUGCCCUCAAGCAUCUGCCCGACGAUGAGCUCUUCCAGUUGGUCUCGAAGAUCUACAAGGUGGUGCCCCCAAUCCUAACUGAAACCGGCAAGGUGAAGAACCCCUGGCCCAAUGUAGAUGCCCACUCCGGUGUCCUGCUGCAAUACUACGGCAUGAAGGAGAUGAACUACUACACUGUCCUGUUCGGUGUGUCGCGUGCUCUUGGUGUUCUUGCCUCCCUGGUGUGGGAUCGUGCUUUGGGCCUGCCCAUCGAGCGUCCCAAGUCCUUCUCCACCGACAUGCUCGUCAACAUGACGAAGAAGAAGUAAGCUUAAGAUGAUCGCAUUGUGUGGAUGGGGGUUGGGACGUUGGACAAUUGGAUGGUUGGAUUGGAAUUAUUGGUGUCGUCUGCAUUUCUGCAUCAGGUGCAGGCGAUCUAACAAGUUCAGCAAAUGUAGCAAAAGCAAAAGAAACAACAACAAUAAGAACAACAAAUUAUUAUAUGAGAAAAACAACAAUAACACGAGCAUAGAGAAGCAGCGAAAACAAAUUUUGUAGCGAAAGUAGCAUCUAAUACACUCACACACACACACACAAAACACACGAGAAUGCAAUGAGUCAUUAUCAAAUUGUGAUGGACGAAUGGAUGGAUGGAUUCACGACGAAUGGAGUGGACGAGUGGAGAGCGCAAGGGAGGAGAUGGAGACGCAUCGUUUCGAAUCGAACGACAGAGAGAGAGAGAAAGAGAGAGAACUAGUGAGAGAGCAAGAGAGAGUGAGCAGAGAACAACCAAAUACGAAAUCACAAGCAAAAAAUAUAACAAAAACAAAACUGCAACAGCAAAACAAUAAGUUGGAAAUAAGACAACAAAUUUAUAUUUAGUAGUAUAGCUAAAUUAUGAAUGAUAACGAAAGAAAAAAGGAACAGCAAUAGCAAACAAAACAAAAAAAAAGGAAAAACAAAAAAUCACUUAAUUAUUUGUAUAAGCGCUAUUUAUACCA